CGUAACUCGGCGGGGUCCCAGCCUGAGACGCUGCCCGCACUGCGGAGCUGAGCAACCGCUUUCCUGUGCCUGCUUCUGGCUGUGUCUCGCCGCCUGCACCUGCCGUCUAGUGUGCAACAGCCUGGCCUCAGCAUGGCGGACCAGACGCCCUUCGACACGAAUAUCAGCACCCUGACCCGCUUCGUCAUGGAGGAGGGCAGGAAGGCCGGUGGCACGGGCGAGAUGACCCAGUUGCUUAACUCGCUGUGCACCGCCGUCAAAGCCAUCUCCUCCGCUGUGCGCAAGGCGGGCAUCGCGCACCUCUACGGCAUUGCUGGCUCUACCAACGUGACCGGGGACCAGGUGAAGAAGCUGGACGUCCUCUCCAAUGACCUGGUGAUGAACAUGCUCAAGUCAUCCUUCGCCACUUGUGUCCUUGUGUCUGAAGAGGAUAAGAACGCCAUCAUCGUGGAGCCGGAGAAGAGGGGUAAAUACGUGGUCUGCUUUGAUCCCCUGGAUGGAUCAUCCAACAUUGAUUGCCUUGUAUCGAUUGGAACCAUCUUCGGCAUCUACAGGAAGAAAUCCACUGGUGAGCCUUCUGCAGAGGAUGCUCUGCAACCAGGACGGAACCUAGUGGCGGCUGGCUAUGCACUCUAUGGCAGCGCCACCAUGUUGGUCCUUGCCAUGGAGAGUGGUGUCAACUGCUUCAUGCUGGACCCGGCCAUCGGCGAGUUCAUCUUGGUGGACAAAAACGUGAAGAUCAAAAAGAAAGGGAACAUCUACAGCCUCAAUGAGGGCUACGCCAAGGACUUCGACCCCGCCGUCUCUGAAUACGUCCAGAGAAAGAAAUUUCCUCCGGAUAACACGUCCCCGUACGGUGCACGGUACGUGGGCUCCAUGGUGGCAGAUGUCCACCGCACCCUGGUCUAUGGUGGGAUCUUCCUGUACCCAGCCAACAAGAAGAGCCCCAAUGGAAAGCUGCGGCUGCUUUACGAAUGCAACCCUAUGGCUUUCGUCAUGGAGAAGGCAGGCGGAAUGGCUACCACGGGCAAGGAAGCUAUCCUGGACAUCGUGCCCACUGACAUUCAUCAGAGGGCACCAGUCAUCCUGGGGUCCCCAGAUGAUGUGAAGGAAUUCUUGGAGAUCUACAAAAAGCAUGCAGUCAAAUGAAAAGCCCGCACCGCUCUGGGUAUGGAGAAUUUACCUCUUAUCUGGACCUCCUAUUUCACGUGGGUGUUGCACCACACUGGCCCAGCUUCAUACAUUUCUAGACAGCAGGUGGCAAAAAAAAAAAGCAUGGAUAUUUCCACCCACCAAUGUUGAGCCAUGUCUAGACAUUGCCUAAUCAAAAUACUCUCUUGAUAAUGCCACUAGUGGAGAAAAGAUCUACUUUGAAUAGAUGGAGGAAAAAUAAACAUAUUAUUCAUUUAAAAAUA